UAAGAAAAAUGUCUGCUCUGUUCAGUUGAAAAUUGAUGGAAAUAAGCUGCUUCUUUUGGCAAAGAAGAACUGCUGAAUUGUUCUGCACCAGCUGCCUUCACGUUGUUUGUUCAACUAACAUUGGAAUUGUCUCAUGGAUCUUGUUACUCCUCCUGGUUGUAUUGUUGUUAACAACUACAUUGAAGAUAAUGAAAAACAAGACUGUAAGAAAGGCUUGUAUUUCAGAGAUGGAAAGAGAAAGGUAGACUAUGUCUUGGUUUAUCAAAACAAAAAAGUCACUUCGUUGUCCACAGGAGCUUUUGUCCUGAAUGGAUCUGCAACAACUUUGCACAAAGUUAAAGACCACGCAGAACAUCAAGAGUGUCAACAAGAGGUUGUGCUGGAGAUUGGCAUUCCGCAUGGGUCUGUGGAGGAAGAAAAGAGAGCUCGUAGAGAAGAAUUUGAGAAGAACCUCAUGGAGAGCGGACUAGAGAUAGAGAAAGACAAAACGUGUAACUCCCAUGGCAUUGGCUAUGUCAGGAUACAUGCCCCUUGGCAGGUCCUCAGUCGAGAGGCAGAGUUUCUAAAAAUAAAGGUUCAGACCAGAAAGAUACUUGAAAUAAAACGCGAUGGUGGAAUCACAGCAAAAAUGAACUCAGUUUUGCAGAAAUUCACAAAGCCUUUUCAACCCAAGGUCGGACAGCUGAACCAGAGCAGCAAGCACCUAUCACACCCCUUCAGCAGGGACAAGGUCCAUUUGUACAACAUAACCAAUAAGGAAACAUUUUUUGACAAUGCAACUCGAAGUCGAAUAGUUUAUGAAAUUUUAAAACGAACAUCAUGUGCAAGAGCCAGAUAUAACAUGGGUAUAACAACUUUAAUAGCAAAUGGUGUCUAUGAGUCAGCUUACCCUCUUCAUGAUGGUGAUUAUGACAGACCUGACCCAGAGGAGAAUGAGCGCAGGCUGCUGUACCAAGAGUGGGCACAAUAUGGAGCAUUUUAUAAAUACCAGCCAAUUGAUCUCAUAAGGAAGUACUUUGGUGAGAAGAUUGGCCUGUAUUUUGCAUGGUUGGGACUAUACACGAAAAUGCUGAUGCCAGCAUCACUGGUUGGGAUCAUCGUAUUUUUUUAUGGUUGUAUUACUAUAGGCAAUGAUAUACCAAGUAUGGAGAUGUGUAAUGAGCAGAAUAACUUCACCAUGUGCCCACUCUGUGACAAGUCCUGUGACUAUUGGCAUCUCAGCACAGCGUGUGCCACAGCCCGUGCCAGCCAUUUGUUUGAUAAUCCUGCUACUGUCUUUUUUUCUAUCUUUAUGGUCCUCUGGGCAACCUUUUUCCUUGAAUGCUGGAAGCGACGACAGAUGAGAUUAUGUUACCAGUGGGAUUUGACUGGUCUGGAAGAGGAAGAAGAGCAUCCAAGACCUGAAUAUGAAACUAAACUUUUACAGAAGAAACUUCUAAAAGAAAAAAAAGAACUACACGAAAAGGAGCAGGAAGGAUGUACAAAAGACAGUAACAAAUGGAGAGACAAAGUUCUGUCAGCCAUGGGUGGGCUGAACCUGGCUGAGAAUGAGAAGCUGACCUGGCGGGAUCGAGUUCUUGGCUACCUGGGGAACUUUGUCUCGAUUCUGUUCAUGAUUGGUCUGACAUUUUCUGCUGUCUUUGGAGUCAUUAUAUAUCGAAUCUCCAUAGCCACAGCCAUGGCAAUAAGUGCAACUGAGGGCAGCAAGUCAAACAUCCGGGUCACAGUGACUACAACUGCUGUUAUCAUUAACCUUUUGCUGAUUCUUAUCCUGGAUGAGAUUUAUGGAGCUGUUGCUGAGUGGCUGACGAAAAUGGAAGUUCCCAAAACAGAAAAGAUCUUUGAAGAAAGAUUAAUUCUGAAAGCAUUCCUCUUAAAAUUUGUCAACUCUUAUGCUUCUAUUUUCUAUGUGGCCUUUUUUAAAGGACGGUUUGUUGGUCGACCUGGGAAAUAUGUUUAUGUCUUUCACAACUAUCGAAUGGAAGAGUGCGCCCCUGGAGGUUGUCUGAUUGAGCUCUGUAUCCAGCUCAGCAUUAUUAUGCUUGGAAAGCAACUUAUUCAAAACAAUCUCUUCGAAAUUGGAGUUCCGAGGAUAAAAAAAUUGUUCAGAAAGCUAAAGGAUGAAAGGACUGAAACCAACAUAUCGAGUAUCCCAGAUGCUAUUAGGGAACCACAACAAUGGGAUCUGGAUUAUAAUUUGGAGCAUUUUACUGGUCUGACGCCAGAGUAUAUGGAGAUGAUUGUCCAGUUUGGUUUUGUGACGCUUUUUGUCGCAUCCUUUCCCUUGGCACCAUUGUUUGCGCUUCUAAACAACAUCAUUGAAAUACGGCUGGAUGCCAAAAAAUUUGUCACUGAGCUAAGAAGGCCAAAUGCAGAGCGUGCAAAAGACAUAGGCAUCUGGUAUAACAUUCUGAGUGGACUGGGGAAACUCUCAGUUUUCAUCAAUGCAUUUGUAAUCGCUAUCACAUCAGACUUCAUCCCACGCCUUGCUUACCAGUACAUGUACAGUGAUGAUGGCAGUAUGCAUGGCUUUGUGAAUCAUACCUUGUCAUACUUCAAUAUCAGUGAAUUUCAACAGACCACACAUCCCCAAUCAUCACAUUUCACCAAUAUUAAAGUCUGCAGGUAUAAGGAUUACAGAGAGCCACCAUGGUCUGAUCAUGCAUAUGACUAUUCCAAGCAGUAUUGGACAAUCCUGGCUGCUCGCUUGAUCUUUGUUAUCAUCUUCCAGAACCUGGUGAUGUUUUUAAGUGAUGUUCUUCAUUGGCUGAUACCCGAUAUUCCCAAGGACAUCAGCGUACGCAUGAAAAGGGAGAAGAGUCUUCUCGUCGAUGUGUUCCUGAAGGAAGAGCGGGAGAAAAUUCAUCUAAUUGAAAGCUUUUUGGUGCGGGACAGGCAGAAGAAAAACCCCAGCAGUGACAUUCGAAAGGCUCGAGCAGCCAGCUUCUCCCAACCCAACAGAAAUCAGCAUUGCAAGUUGACAUCAUAUAGCCUUAGGCACACCGAUGUCUGAGCUUACAGUGAUUCAGAGGACUAACCCCUGUGCACUUGACAUUAUGACAUUGGGGGAACAAGAGAAAGUUUGCUAUCUGAGAUAAGCUGCAACUAUGAUGUUCUUACCAGAAAAUCAUGGUGGUGUGUACGGACUGGACUGCAAGACCACAGGAAAAGCAAGACUGCACCUUGUCACAAGUACACAACUUUGUGGAUAAGAACUUACUGAAAAAUAAUAGGAAGAUAUCAGUGUAAACAGAUGGCUGUUCAUUUAACUUGACUGCAAAGUCAGAAAGGGACCUAAAGGGAAGUUGAUAGGUUUGAGCCUAUUAGGGUUAGUUGUUGAGAUCAGUCAUGUGAUGUAUUUAAAUGUUUGCAAUCAUGUACUGUUCAUCAUUAAAAUAAUAAGUAAAUUGCUGUUUGCAUUUUAAAAAAGGAGUUUUAAAUAGGCAAUAUACAGUUUACAAUGGUUCCUUUGGAUCAUAACCAAGGCAGAUGUUUAAUAUGCCUGC